GGGCAGGAGCCGUGUCGCGCAGACGGUGCCCUGGCAUUGGGGUCCGCGCCAGGGCUCGCAGAGGUCGAGGUCGCUGAACCCUGGAGAGGACGCGGCCCGGGCUGGAGGGGCAGUCCCGGGCGCAGCGUGCCGGGACGCCGCUGCUGGGGCCGGAAUCCGCGUCCGAGGCGGGACCGGAGUCGGAGCACCGAGUCAGAGAGCGCAGCGAGCUGGGAGACCCGCGCGCGCGCCGGGAGCCGCGAGCGCACCGGACAGGGUUCCGGAGCCACGCUGGAGACCGGGCCGGUCCCGGGGGUCCCAGCUGGGUGGCGGGAGCGACCGGGAAGGUCCCUCCAAGUGGGUGCCCCUCGCUCCCCGCCCGCCGUGUGGUCCCUGAGGAGCCGCCGCCGUCUCCCGGGGCCGACUCAAUAUUGAUCCGGCGCCUGGGGCCGGGUGGCCCGGAGGCGGCCUCCGAAGCUCAUUAGCGCCAGCGGUUGCCGUGGCAACGAGACCCCAAGCGUCUUCAGGCGGCGCCGGGCGGACCGAUGUGAGCCGAACGAUGACCAGUUGUGGCCAGCAGCCCCUGAACGUGCUCGCCGUCCUGUCGCUUCUGGUCUCGGCAGUCCUGUCCGCGCACUUCCGGGUCUGCGAGCCCUACACGGACCACAAGGGCCACUACCACUUCGGCUUCCACUGCCCCCGGCUCUCGGACAACAAAACCUUCAUCCUGUGCUGUCACCAUAACAACACGGUUUUCAAGUACUGCUGCAACGAGACGGAGUUCCAGGCGGUGAUGCAGGCGAACCUCACGGCCAGCUCCGAGGGCUACACGCACAACAACUACACCGCCCUGUUGGGAGUGUGGAUCUAUGGCUUCUUCGUGCUGAUGCUGCUGGUCCUGGAUCUUUUGUAUUACUCGGCCAUGAACUACGACAUUUGCAAGGUUUACCUGGCGCGGUGGGGCAUCCACGGACGCUGGAUGAAGCAGGACCCCCGGCGGUGGGGGAACCCUGCCCGGGGGCCCCGGCCAGCGCAGCCGGCCCCGCAGCCCCAGCCUCCCCCGGGCUCCCUGCCACAAGCCCCCCAGGCCGUGCACACACUGCAGGGAGACACCCACAGCCCACCGCUGGUGACCUUCCAGAGUUCGUCUGCCUGAAAACCCUUUUGCCGUGCCUCAGGAUGGGGGAGGUGAGACCCGAAGCGCCUGGUGCAGCCUCCGAGAAGAUCAACGUCAACAGAGAUGCCAGGGAGAGCCGAGGCGGUUGCCAUGGUGGCAGAGGAGGAAAUACCACCUGUGCCCCAAACCCCCUUCGGCGGACUUCUACGAUUAGGAGCAAACUCAGGGGCGGGAGCCCGGAGGGGCAGGGGAGGGGGUUCUGAGCCACCCGUCCGCAAGCAAUAGUCCCAUUUUGGGCUGGUGGCUUCUGAGAGGUGACGCCAUGGUGGACUCAAGACGACCAACACAAAGCCGCUCUGGCCGCUUCAAGGCGGAAGGAUCUAGGGCUGUGCGUCGUAGCCAGGGUUCCCUCACCUCCGUUCCCUCCUCCAGUAGUGGCUCGUGGGCCUGUGCGUGUCAGAAUUUUGAAUGUGAGUGUGUGUGUGUGUGCACAUGCGUGAUUGGGGUGUUCUUUUUGCUUGUUUGGUUGGUUGGUUUUUAUGGGGUCCCUCCAAGUUCUCUGACGGGCAUGUGUCACCGUGCGCUGGGGGUCCUCGCCGGCAUCCUGGGUGCCGGCGCUCCGCCGGCGCUGCAGCUGCGAGCCAGGUGGAGCCGGCGAGCACCGGGCCCAGCCCUGCUGAGUCCUGGGGCGCGCUGGGGCGGUGAUGAGGGCGUGUCUCUGACCAUCCACGGGGCGGGCACUAGGUCGGGUGUCUUCGUGCAUACCCGUUCUCACCACCCGUGAGGGGGUAUGAUCAACCCCCAUUAGAAAAAGGCUCUGGGUGGGGGGGUGUCCAGGCUCGCACGGUGGGGGGGGGGCACCCAGCCCCUCUGUCAGGGCUGUGGGAACCCGAAGUCCAAGCUCCCAGCCCAGAGCACCCCCAGCCCAGUCCCAGGGCACCUCCUAGUUGCUUCCCAGGGGACGGGCCAUCACUCCAGGCUCUCCACGGUCACUGCCCUGGACCCCAGUCCAUACAGCACAGUCUGCUGGAGCACCUGCCAUGUUUCAGGCCCCGUGCUGGACAGUGGCGGGGACAGAGAGGAGCCAGGCAGUCCUCAUCCCCGCCCCAGGGGAGCCACCGUCUGUGUGGGGAAACCCAGAGGGGAAGGUUCUAGAAACCCUUUCAUUUUGAGGUGGGACUUUCACACAGACCUGGACGCCCAUAGCAUUCACCCAUGGAGCUCGCCACGGCCGCUGCCCACCCCCUCCCCAGGCACACAAGGAAGGGCAUCUGCCUGCCAGUGUGGGCGCACUCACUCCACUAGUGUCGGUGACACCGAAGUCACCCCUAGCUCUGGCCGCGGCAGACCCUGCUCUGUCAACGUUUGACCCCUCAGCUUGAGUAGCCACACGUAGCCGCCCCCCGGCUCCGUCCACAGACGCAGCAGCGGGCAGGCGGGCCCCGCUUCUGCUCAGGGGCAGGUUCUCCAGCCGGGGGAGGGGCCGGAGAGAAGUGGGUGGUGGGUGAGGAAGACGGGGAGAGUGGGGAGCACUCUGCUGAGAAGCCGGGCACAGCCCGUGAGUGCGGGCUGGGUUGCACUUGGGUCAUCUGGGAAGGCCUUUCCCAGCAGGCAACGGGCCCUGCUCUGAGGGAUGAACAAGAGCCAGCUGAAAGGACAUUCCAGAUGGAGGAGACAGCUCGUGCACGGGCCCUGGGGCGGCAGCAGGUUCAGCGGGUUCGGGGGAUCCAAGGACGCCCAGGGGCGGCAGGGACCCAGAGAGAGUGUGGAAGAGAGCGAGGGGCACAGAGCCCAGACCCCGUGGUUCACUGUGAGUCAGGCCCCCUCCCCCGACAAAGCAGAAGGAGUGUUCCAGGGUGUGAAGUGUUUUCCAUGCAGCCUGGCUCUUCAUCCUCUCAACAGCCCCAUAAAGAGGGGACUCUCCCCAUUUGACAGACUAGGAAGCUGAGGCUCAGGUGGGUGGAGUGGCUUGCCCAAGGCCCCCCGGGUGGGCUGUGGAAGACCCAGACUCCUCCAGAUGGUGGCCUGGGCGGACAGCCUGGGCACGGCAACGUGGGAGAACCUUUCUUUGCUUGGGGUCUUGACAGGGGGGUGGGCAUGGCUUCCCUUACCUCGGACCCGAGUCGUCCAGGCCAGGUGCCAGGCCUUGUCCAUGUGGAGGAGCCGUUGCCAUUCGGCCCAGCUGGAUCAGCCUAUACCUGCCACCCACAUGUGCGGCCUGGGAAGUCACAAGAACCUAACCCCAUGGCUUAGGGAGCAGGGCGGGACAAGACCCAGAUUCUGACAGCAGCUCUGCAUUAAGAGGAGUGUGACCUUGGGCAAUCCCCAUACCCCCUCUGCCCUUGGGUUCCUAGUCAGUAAGAGGAAGGAGUCAGACCAGGCGUUUAGGAGGCUGCAGGUGUGGCUUCCUGUGGUUCUGGGACCCUUUCUCUGCCAGAAAGGAGCUGGUGGCCUUGCCUCCCUGCCCCUGAGGCCUGGAGCGGGAGGUCACUGUCACACGGACCAGCUGGGGCCAGGAUUCACCUGCUGUGCAGCCCCGAGACCUACAACUCGCAGGAUGCAAACCAGAUUCAGGGCAGCUGGUGGUGCAGGUGGGCGGGGCCACAGCCCCGCCCCUUCCCCCUGGGUGGCCUCGGCAAAUCACUUCCUGUCUGAGCUUCAGUGCCCCCCCUGCCUGUGGGCUGGGGCUGGGGGAGGAGGUGAGGGCCGAGAACAGUGCACGAGGGUCCCCAAACCCCUCGGGACCCUGGACCGUCCCCACCAAACCUGUCCCCAUCCUACUGUGGUCAGCAGAUAUGCCAACUGAAUAGUGUCCCUGAGAAUAAGAUGCAGGGUAGUGACACGUUCCAGUAGAGACUUCUAGAGUUAGUGACUUUUAGUGACUCCCAAACCUCAGUCUUCAAGCUGCCUCUGUUUACUUUUUACUGUGAGCUCCCGGCUAUCACCAUGUCAUGUGUCGGAAUAACGGCAACGAUGAUACAAAAAGGACAGACGAGGGGGAUGAGGCUCCGAGGAACCGGUGUUGGAUGCUGGUGUGUGUGACUCGCCCCUGAGUGUGUAAGGACGCUGCCCCCCGGGGAACUGUGUGUUGUUAGUGAGCAGUUCUGUGCUUUCCUUCCCGUCCGAGUGUAACUGGUGCAUUUGGGAAUCUCCGUAGCGACCCACCGGCUGGCAGCCCCCUCGGGCCUCUCGCCCUUGCCUUGACCUCUGAGAUCGCCCUGCGUCUCGAGGAGCAGCCUGCUCAGGCGAACAUCGGACGCUGGCCAGGACCCAUGUGAAACAGGCCUUAAUUGAAAACACACACGCACGCACGUGCACACAGCACCUGUGCACGCACACACGCACGCACGCACACAUGCACCCACGUGAUCCUGCAGGUAGAGCCCGUCUCUCUCGCUGUCCCUGUGGCUCUGGAAACACAGCAGGUAGGCAGCCAGCUGCGGCGGGCGGCAUCUCGCCUCAUCAUCUGAAAAACUCUUCGGGCGAACGUGGACCGGCCCCAGGACCGGGGGGCAGGGGUAUCAGGCCACACGUGGCCAGCAAUGGAGGUGACAGACUUCUGCCGAGACAGGCUUCCCAGCUCACCGUCAAGUCCAAAGAUCCACUUAGGUCAUUUCAAUGACAACGAGGCUGUGGAGGGUGUCCGUGCCCGGCACCAUCCCCCACGCCCCCAGCAGAGCCCCCAGACCCCUGUCUGUGCCAGGAAGUGAUCCGGACCCUCACCGCCUCCCCAGCCUGCUGUCCCUGCCCUGGCCCCGUUCCCUGGCCCAGUGGACUCCCAGUUCACUGUGUCUACAAGAGACCGUGCCAUAAGACAAGCUUCCCAGGGUCAUGGGCUUUUAAAACGCUAUCAUUGGUUUAUUUAAACUGUUUCCAACUUGGCUGAUCGGUGCCCCACCCCCGGAGAGCAGCACGCCCCCGGCGGCCUCCAGGGUGAAGGGGCGGAGACCUCACGGGAGAGCUCCUGGCGGGGUCCCGGGGUCCUUUCCUGUAGAUAUUGAGAGGCAGCCAGGCCGUCACUGAGGGGCGGCUCUGCGGGGCCCCUCAUCUGCCCUGCAGAUCGGCUUGGACUAGUAGUGGAGGCGACUCUUGGGGAUUCUUGGUCUUACGCCCCACCUGGCCUCCAUAGGCCACCUGAAAGGUCAGAGGGGCGGCCAACCACCCAACGAGCGCCUGACACUGUGGUCCCUGCCCUCUGCAGCCCUGGAACACGUCUCCCAGCCCCCUUGCCACGCAGGCGCGGACGCAGACGCAGCGCCACACGGUAGUUGAGCGAACGGACGCAGUCAGGUGAGACGGAAGGGCCUACAAAAACCCAUUUGUGCGCAUGCGCAUUCAUCCCUGUACUCCGGGCCAGUGCUCGCCCGGCUCCGAGCCCAGCGCCCAGCUGGGAGCAGCUCCUGCCGGCGCCGGAGACCUCGGGAAACGCACUGUGUGCCAGGGAGAGGCUGGGGUCGUCCUGCAGGGGCUAGUCGUGCCUAACAGUUAGCAACGCUCAGAUUCCCGAAGCAGACGGAGCACGUGCCUCUCCCGACCAUGGAAGUGACCUUGGAGGUGGUGUGAUUCCCCCACCCUGAGUUUCUAGUCCAAGACCCUCCCAGAAAGCUGGUGCUAGACAGAUGCCUGGUGAGCGAACAGCUGCAACCAUUAGUCCCACUGUAUCCAAAACUCCCACCUUCACGCCAAAGCCCCGGCUCAUUUGCCCUUGAUGGACCGAAAUGCGGGGCUGCUGCGGGGCCCACAGCCAGGGGGCACGGUUCACAGCGCCGUCGCAUAAAUGGUCGCUGGCUUCCAGAGCACUGUUCCCAUGACGUCGCUGUGAACGGAGGCUCCGGGGCUUGUGGGAUGAGGGACCCUGUUGAAUGGCCCUCGACUAUCCCCCAAAAAUGACAGGACCCCAUCCGAGGCAGACCAACCCUGGGGAGGCUCACUCAUGCACCUGAUGGAGAGUGGCAGGUGGCUUGGCCACCGUGGGCACCCACGUGGCCACAGUGGGAACCAGACUGGUGGCUGAAGAGAACCUCUCUAGAAACCCUGCCCCAGUGUCUCACAGACGGUGGCGUCCCGUCUCUUCCCCCGUUCUCUGUGUCAAAGCUAGCGGGAUGUGUCACAGUCUGCCAACCACACCAUCAGAGGCUGGGUGACACGCACGCCGAGGGCGGGGCUCAGCCGCCCGCACCAGGCAGGGUUCCCCGGCGGGUGGGCGAGACCAGGGCGCGCGGCUAUGGGUGGGACAGAAACAUCUUCUCUCCCCUGUAAACCCCGACGUCACGUGGACCGGCAUCACGUGGGGCCUCUCUGAGAGUGGAUAACCGGGAAAACCAAAAACCAAUAAUGUUCCUACUAUCAAUAAUAAUAAUAAUAUAAUGUAUUACUAAUGAUGUGUUUUACACUGACCGCUGUUGCACUGCUUUUGUCUUUAUAUACAGUAGUUUUUAUAAAGAUGUCCUUAGGUUUUAAUAAAGGAGUGUCCUGUCCA